AUGGAAAAUUUUUCACAAGCGUCAUCCAUCGAUAAUAAAGCUUUUGAUGAUGAGGUGAUUGAACAAUCAACAUUUAAUCGUCCUAUAAUGAUGCCUCCAACAAUGGAUCGGAACGUCACUCCUCCCGAUUUUUAUAUCAACAAUAGCUGUAUGAGUCCAUCAUCAGUAAAAACACAGCCAUGUGCAGUUCAACCAAGUACCUUAUUUGACGACAAUACACAUGAAAAAGGUGAAUUCAGUGUCAAUAAGACAAAAGCUAUGAAUGAUAAGCAAGAAGACGAAGAACAACAACAACAAGACAACGACGAUGAUGAUGAUGAUGAUGAUAAUGAUAGUACAUGGGUUUUGUAUAAGGACGAUGACGGCGAGGAUCAAGAUAACCAAUUGACAUAUCAUCACACAGAACCACAGAAAUUAAAAGAUCUUGAUUGGAAGGAUUUGCCUAAUUUUAUUCACAACAUGGAUUAUGAUCAUUUGAAUACACAUGAACGUAAAAGGUCUCGAUUUGAAAUUUCAUACUGCACCUGA